ACCAGCCAGAGGUAAUAGUAGGGCCCUGUCUCCAAAAAGCCCUAGAAGAAUGUCAUUUUUUUUCAUUUUUAAUACUAACUUGUAAUUUAGUAAUGUUUAGUUCCAGAAGAUUCUUCUGUGGCCAGAUGAAACCAAGACUUUUAUAAAAUCAUUUCCAUCACCUCUCUUUGCCUCUUUCUUCUGUGGUCUCUAAUAUUUAAUUGGCUUGCAUGUCUACUCAUGACUAUGUUUUAUAAUAAUUGAUUAGCUAUUGUCUGUUUAAUGAAACAUUUUUUAGUGUUGCCAAGUAUAUUUGUUGUUGCAGAGUUAUAUGAAUUCAUUCACAAAUAUGUUGUAAAAUCAGAUUAAAAAAUACUCCCAACAUAGUUAGAUUAAUUCUUUGAAUUUAGUUUUUGUGAUGCUGGGUAUCAAAAAUUUGGUGUGGGUCUAGGUGAGCUUUGUACCUUGAGCUCCCUCCCUCCCUCCCGAGCACUUACAUACAUUGUUUUAAUAGACAGAGGCAAAGCUCUAUCACCUUUGUUAAAUCCUCACCUACACUUUCCUUAAAGAGAUGCAUUCUGUAGUUUAACAGACACUUUUGUACAAGAUACAUUUUUAUACUUGUCUAGCAGUAGUCUUUUCACUCUUCUCAAACAGACCACAGGUUUGCUUUUAAAAAUCAUUCAGUGAAUAGAUUAGAAUUUUAAAAUAUAUUUGUCCCAGUUUUAAUUUCUUAGAAAUUCUCCCAGUUAUAUUGACGACACAGCUCUGUGAGCAUGUCCAGGAUGAAAACAGCACAGUAUGUCACAGUGCCUGUCCUGUGAGCUUCAUUCUGGAACACGUGUGUCCCCGGUGCAGGGAGGACUGAGGACACGGAGCAUCCACGUGUGCUUCCGAUGUGCCCUUCUGAAAAUAGUUUGAUUUUGGUUUAGGUAGUUCCCAUUUUCCAGAAGAAGGGCCAUCUCUUGUGGUCCAGAUUUUAUUACAGUUCACUGCUCUGUGGUAAAAGUCUUGGUUGCUGAUGAGACAACAGUUUAAAGUCCUGAAGCUGGUGGUAUUGAGCCUGUAAAUUAAUGUAAAGCCUUUUAAGAAUUGUUACUACCAAUAACAGUACUCUAGGGUGUUUCCCUUUGUUUACUUUAGCAAAAUUGAAAUGAGGCUUAAGCGGGUUGAGCUUAAGUACAACAUUGAUUACAUGUGAUACGUUCCAGGUAUGAAAGGACUAAAUAUUAUUAUUGUGAAAAAACCUUGUUCCAUGUCAGUCUAUUGAUUAUGAGAAAGGUUGUUUAAUGUCUGUAUAAACUGUAGUGUGAGAAUUCUUACCAUGUUCUGUCAGUAGAAACUAUCAAUUCGCAUAUGAACUAAAAGUCAGUUAUGAUUUUGAAGACCAAAGAAAAUGCUCUAAAAGAUAAUAAUACAAAUUGGUGUGCAAGAUGAUUAGCAAAUUGACAUCUUCUUUCAAACAUUUUACUGUGAAAGAUUCAGUCGUGAACAGAUAGAGUGACCAGCCCCAUUUACUCAUUCCCUGCUUCUGUUAAUACAGUGUCUGUUCCUUCACCCACCUUAACUUACUUUGCCAUAGCAAAUUGAUUUCUUUUUUUUUUCAAAUUUUCUUUUUUUUUUGACAGAGCACAUUUACUCAGUUUUGUAUGUGUAAAUAUGUUUUUCUCCUAAGAAUUUUGCACAAAGCUUUUUACUCAACAUUUUAAUAUUACAAUUAGGUCCCAUCUAUCCGAUCUUUUCAUCUGUUACAUGAAAGAAAAAUCUUUCUGUUACAUUUCCAAGAGAUAUGGGGGCAACUAAAGAUUUAAAUUAAACACCAUUUCCAGGGUAGAUAUAAGAACAAACAUUAAUCAAGUGUCUUUACAGUUAAAGGGGAAAGUGAUACUCUUUAGUCCAUGUGAUUAUUCAGUAUUUUAUUUUUCCCUACUUACAAAAAUCUACAUAGGGCAUUUCAGAUGCCUAUUAAAACAUUAUUUAAUAAUAGAAUCUGAAUGCAAUAAAUAAUACAAAAGCAAAAUUCAAUUUUUGUAAGCCGUAAAAUAAACCACGUAUGUGACCAUGUCACAUAGAGCAGAAAUUUUUUUAUAUUAAACUUUAUAAUUCAAUGAAGAAAACUUGUAUUAUUCACAGGGAACAGCUUAGGUCAGAGAAUGAAAGUUCAUGUAACUUGUUUAUUUUAUACUGAUUAGUUGUGUAACCAGUGAUUAUCCAUAUGAAAACAUAGUUGUGCUUUUUUUUUUUUUUUUUUGUGCUUUUUCUAAGGUUAAAAGGUUUUCGUGGCUUAAAUGUUGUUACAUAUUUUACAGCAUUAGGAUCUAUGGAAUAUUUUGACAACUGCAACAGUUCAAUGAAAUCUACAGCUUACUGCUUUGUAAACUUCGUCGAGCAAGGAGUAAAUAAUGCUGAGAAGUUUGACUAUGUGAUGCAAUUUUUGAAUAAGAUGGCUGGUAAUGAAUAUGUUGGAUUCAGUAAUGCAACGUUUCAGUCUGAACGAGAAAGUGGAGACCGAAAUUUUGCAAUAGGAUAUUACUUAAAAGAAAAGAAGUGUUUUCCAGAAGGCACAGACAUGGUUGGGAUACUAGAUUUUUAUUUCCAGCUGUGCUCCAUUGAAGUGACGUGCGAGUCCGCCAGCGUGAUGGCCGCCACACUGGCUAACGGUGGCUUCUGCCCAAUCACGGGCGAGAGAGUCCUCAGUCCUGAGGCCGUUCGAAAUACACUGAGUUUGAUGCAUUCCUGUGGCAUGUAUGACUUCUCGGGGCAGUUUGCCUUCCAUGUUGGUCUACCUGCCAAAUCUGGAGUUGCUGGGGGUAUUCUUUUAGUUGUCCCCAACGUCAUGGGCAUGAUGUGCUGGUCUCCUCCUCUUGACAAGAUGGGCAACAGUGUUAAGGGAAUUCACUUCUGUCACGAUCUCGUUUCUCUGUGUAACUUCCAUAACUAUGAUAAUCUGAGACACUUUGCAAAAAAGCUUGAUCCUCGGAGAGAAGGUGGUGAUCAGAGGGUGAAGUCCGUAAUAAACCUUCUGUUUGCGGCAUACACUGGAGAUGUGUCUGCCCUCCGGAGAUUUGCUUUGUCAGCCAUGGACAUGGAACAGAGGGACUAUGACUCCAGAACAGCACUCCAUGUAGCUGCUGCAGAGGGUCAUGUUGAAGUUGUUAAGUUUUUGCUGGAAGCUUGCAAAGUAAACCCUUUCCCCAAGGACAGGUGGAAUAACACUCCCAUGGAUGAAGCGCUGCACUUUGGACACCAUGAUGUUUUUAAAAUCCUCCAGGAAUACCAAGUCCAGUAUACACCUCAAGGGGAUUCUGACGACGGAAAGGAGAAUCAAACUGUCCACAAGAACCUCGAUGGGUUGUUGUAAUGGUCUGAAACCCCAAGACUUCAGCUACUUACCUACUUAAUUGUGGAACAUGAUUAUGAAGAACAUGUAUAUUUCUAUCUGGUAGUGAUGUGUAUUUUACAUUGUCAUUUCAGUGUUACUGGAGUUUUCUUCAUUGUGCGCACAGGACAAAUCUGAUUUCUUUGGGAAAAAAAUAGAAAUAAAACAACUUCCCUUCAUAAUGUGAGCACUAGUUACCUCGUGCAUUGUACAAUUUGAUGUAAAAGAAUAGUUACCAAUGCUAGCUGACCUGUGUGCUCUUCAUGAUUUGUGAGCUUUGUAAAUUUUCAGUCCUGGGUGGUGAUAUGCUCAUAUGCAUUUAUGAGUCAAGCUCUGUUGUACAGUCUCUCCACAGGGAGUCGAUGCUGUCCUUAGACAAAAAACAGUGUGAUUUUCAAGACUUCCAAUAAUAGGUUUAGUUCGAGUGUUUGAGCAACUGUAUGCACUUCCAUGGUUGAGUGUUUAAAAUGUCUCCUCACUUCACAGUGUGGCUUCUUAAAUAUUGAAAUAGUUACUAACUGUUCAUAGGACUUGCCAAUUCUGAUUAGAUUUUUAUCAGGGAAUCUGUUAAGAUACGUUUGGUGACCAAAAACCUAUGUGUGAAUAUAGUUCUAGUACUUUAAAACCUUUCCUCUCUCUGUAGCCCUCGGGCCAGCCUCUCUGUGGUUUUUUCUUAGCUGGGAAGUGAGCGCGGGCAGGCUCUGCAGUUUUCACGGUUCCUCAGACAGUCAUCAUGCCUCACAUUCCUAGCGUCAGAGAAGAGCUUGGCCAUUUAUAGAAGAUGAACCAAAAUUAAGAUGUCUAAAUUAGCUGUCAGUCUCAAGAAUGAAGACAGAGCUACUGCAGAUUCCUAAGUUCUUUUUCAGCUUCUACAAUAAAGAAAAGUUCAGAGAUGCUUUCAGUUGCCAAAGUUACAAUGAUACAUUUAGGAACAGCUACCGACAACAUUUACUUUUAACCCCCCUGUCAAAAGUCCGCAUUAGCUAGCACUCCUUUCUGGAGGGCCCCUGGCUUCCUCUGUUCCUAACGUCAGUGGACUGCAUCAUUCAGUAAGAACAGAUCACUUCAUUGUAAAUUUAGACUCACCAUUUCUUUGUUUUGGAAAAGUAAAUUAUGAUUAACUUAGGAAACAGGUAAAAGGGACCUGAGAAAAGAACACAAUUUUCUAGGAAUUGAACAUACUGUACCCUGUUACACCUCCCAGAGAUGAGGGGUCUGUUAGUGAGGACUUCUGAUAAUUAAGCACAUGUGUGCAUACACGUACACACACAGAUGCACUUCUUGGAAACUGCUUGUGGGCUAAGGAAAACUCUCAGCUGCACAAACACCAGUGGUUACCACGUUACUACAGCCUCUCCCUUGACUCACUACCGACACAGGUUACGUCCGAGCUUUAUGCCGCCCGACGGCACACUAUUCACUCCAGGAGCCUCCAGCUGCUUCGAUCCUGUUUUCAGCCAGCCCCUCCCACUCUCUGGCAAGCACCUCCCUUGAUGAGACUGUGGCUAGUGUCCCUCCACUGAGCCAGGCCCCACCACCACCACGUUUCUAAGUUCAGAGACUGGGGAGGAUGGUGGGUAGGCAUCCAGCCCCGCCACUGUGUUCCUGCUUCCACAAGCCUCAAGACAGGUGGUACCUGGAACAUUCCACGUAGGGGCAUCAACUCCAGAGUUAAGGAGUGGACAUGUUUUAAUUGGAAUCAACUGAGGUAACACUGUUCCAAAAGCAGCUGGCAUUGUGUGGUUCAAUGCGUGACUUAAAUAUUGCCAGUGACUUGGAGGCUUCUCUGAAUACUUUUCUGUAUAUUGUUUGAAGACAAAAGUUGUCACCUUCUCUGAGAUCAGUGCUGUUUUGUAAAGUCUCUGUGGCUUGGUUCCUUACGCUCUUUUCCCUCAUGCUGUUACGACUGUAUGCCAGGUCUUGCUCUGGCUGUUUGCUAUUGGCUGAUGAUGAGAACACUUUGUGUAAAUGCUUGAAUGAGCUGUUACUGCUACCAUCAGUAAACUCCAAAGAUCUCUUUUGUUUUGGCUUUACAAUCUUGUGUACUUUUUCGGUAUCAUGGAAACAUGACGUGGUCAUGUUGGUUUGAAGCUCUGUUUACGCUGUUCCUGCUCUCCCUGUUGUAGCACCCAUGUCUGCUGAGACACUACACCCCACCGCUGCCCACACUGCGCUUUAGCUGCACAGCUGGAUUCGCGGUUGAUCCUGCUGUCUGUCAGGGACUAGAUGAAUUUAGGUCCCUCCUGGGGAGUCCAAAGCUAUGAAUGUAUUUACUUCCAACAUUUCCCAAAAUGAAAUCUUAAAACUAUACAUUGUAAGUAUUCUGAAAUUGGAAAAUAUUUAUUUUAAAUGAGAUCAGGUAGUGUUGCUUUUUACAGCAUAAUAAAUACAUGUAUUGAAAACAA